UCAAAUAGCUUACUUCUACACAGUGGAGUUGCCGCUUUAGUUAGAAUUAAGUACGUGUUUUGAUCUUUAUGUGACACUGACUCUUGCUGUGUUGCUCUGUGUUUCUGACAGCAUGUUUAGCUGGGUGAUAAAGGUUGUUCCCCAGCCUCCAGCAUCUCCUGGGAAGCUGGCAGAGGAGGACCAGACCAAUGCUCCCACCGCAGCUCCAGAUGCGACGAAAAAACAAGAUGCAAAACAAGAACCUUCCAAGUCAACGGAGGAGGUCUCGGAGGAAAACAGCUCUCAGAGUGGAGUUUUGAGCUGGCUCUCUCAUGGGUUCAGCAGCGCUCUCCCUCAGCCAGUAAACUCCUCAAAACUGGGCAACAAUGAAGUUAAGCAUGAGGGAAAUGCGGUGAGCGGCAGUAAUUCAUCGGACCAAGCUGGAAUGAUAGGCUGGAUUGUGCAGGGACUGGGAAAAGUGGUUCCACAGCCAGACGAGAAAUACAAAGGUCACACAGAGCCGGAGGAGGUCACUGAGGUGCAAGAGGUCAGAGAAGUUCGCGAUGCCGAGCCGCUGCCUCACAUCGCCGUGGUGGAGGUUGUGUCUGACGAGGAGCCAGAAGCUGCGAACGUGCCCUUCUCUCCCAGGGUAAUAGAAUGGUUUAAGCAUGGUUUUGAGAAAGUAGUCCCCCAGUCUCCUGUCCACCUUCGUCCUCCCGCUGGCACGGAUGCACCUGCUCAGAAGGCCGCUUCUGCACCGGUGACUCCCUGCAAGCAAGAGCCAGCACCUGCACCUGCACCCACACCUGCUCCUGCUCCUCCACCUGCUCCUGCACCUGCUCCUGCCCCUGCACCUCCACCUGCCCCUGCAGCCCUUCCUCCACCUGCACCUGCAGCUCCUGAGCAGCUUAAAGUAGCCGAGGAAUCCAAAGGCACCAAUAUGGUUGGCUGGAUAGUGCAGGGGCUCGGACGCAUCAUACCGCAACCAGUGCAGAAACCAAAAGAGGACAGCUCUGACAUCGUUCAAAACGUCUGCAUCCUGCAGGACCCGUGCGAUAUGGUGCUGGAGGAGGUGGACUCGGACUGGGAGGCCCAGCAGAGGGAGCAGGGCCCGGGGCAGGAGGGCUCUUCCCUGCUGCAGGCGCUGCCCAGCAUCCUGCCUCACGUGCUGGCCAUGCAGGAGCAGGAGGACGCAGAGACCCAGACCGAGCGCUGGACGCCGCUUAUCGAGAGCAUCAAGAAGGAAGCCGAGGAGACCGCCAUAGCCAACAUAGAGGAGAGACUGCAGCUGGAGCGCGUGGAAGCGGCUCGCAUGGCGGAGGAUCUGGCCCGGCAGGCCGCCGAACUGGCCGUCAGACAGCUGGAGGAAGAGCACACCACGCAGAUCGUCAUCGACACCAAACCCGAAGAGCCGGACGACGAGGAGCAGAGCCUGGUGGACGUGUGCCCGGCGGAGCCCUCGCCGCAGGAGUCUGAGGUCUCAGAUCAGGCUCCCCAAAGUCCUCCGCCGCAGCCUGUGACCGCUCAGCCUCAACGGGCAUCUUUACCUCCUGAAGCUGACCAGGAAGAGGAACCUGCUGAAGAAGGAUGCGGAGAAAACGCCCAUGUGAAGCCAGCACUGAAGGUGGAGGAGGUGGAGGACGGAGAGAUGAGCGUUCCUCAAAUCAUUGUGCCCUCAGAGUUAGACUCAAUGACCCUCACUGUUCCUGCAACCAAUCUGACAUCCCGCAGUAAAGCUGUGGAUUCAGAAAGAACGCAGGAGGAGAUGGCUCCUGGAGAGGAAGAUGACUUGAACAUGUCUGAUCUGCUUAAUGUGAAUGAAGGUCUUGAGCGCCCAGCGUCUGCAGCCAGCCAGACAAGCAUUGUCGUGAAUGAGCGUCUGCAGGAGCUGGUCAAGCUGUUUAAGCAGCGAACGGACCAUGCGAGAGACAGACUGGUCGAUCCAGAUGAGUCUGAUGAUGAAAGCCCUUCAGCAUCUCCGGCCAAAAAGCCUGGUGAAGCCCCACCUCCACCACCUCCUCCAGAGGAAAAGAAAGAUGAUGAGGAGAAGGCUGAAGAGGAGGUUCAAAUCUACGAGUUUAUGGGAUACAAGUUCCCGGUUCCUCAGUUCAAAAUGCCCCAGAUUCCUGCGUGGCUGAGAGCCAUCCUGAACUACCGUUUCCCAUCCAGCAUUGAUCCCUACACAGACUUGAUCUACGUGGUGUGGCUGUUCUUUGUGACGUUCGCGUGGAACUGGAAUGUUUGGCUGAUCCCGGUGCGCUGCACUUUCCCGUACCAGACGCCUGACAACAUUCACUGGUGGCUGCUGAUGGAUUACUUAUGUGACGGCAUUUAUCUUCUCGACAUCUUCGUUAUGCAGCCCAGACUGCAGUUCGUGAGAGGAGGGGACAUCGUGUGUGACAAAGACGAUAUGAGAGACAACUACAGGCAAACAGAACGAUUCAAGAUGGAUGUGAUCAGUCUCUUUCCGCUGGAUUUGCUGUACUUCUUCACAGGCGUCAAAUCCCUCUUGAGGUUCCCUCGCCUUCUAAAGUACAAUGCAUUCUUCGAGUUUAAUGAUCGUCUGGAAGCUGUGAUGAGCAAGGCCUACAUUUACAGGGUGAUCCGGACGAGUGCGUACCUGCUGUAUUCUCUGCACUGUAAUGCCUGUAUCUUCUAUUGGGGUUCUGACUAUGAAGGACUGGGAUCUACCAAAUGGGUCUAUAAUGGCAAAGGAAACAGUUAUAUUCGCUGCUACUACUUCGCUGUGAAGACUCUGAUCACCAUCGGAGGUUUGCCUGAUCCCACCACUGUCUUUGAAAUCGUCUUUCAACUCGUCAACUACUUCGUGGGAGUCUUUGCUUUCUCCAUCAUGAUUGGUCAGAUGAGAGAUGUAUUUGGAGCUGCUACUGCAGGUGAGGCCUAUUACAGACACUGUGUGGACAGCACCGUCAAAUACAUGAGCUCCUACAGGAUCCCCCGCGAGGUCCAGAACCGCGUCAAGGUCUGGUACGACUACACCUGGAAGUCGCAAGGCAUGCUGGAUGAACAGGAGUUACUCAUACAGCUGCCAGAUAAGAUGCGUCUGGACAUCGCUGCAGAUGUCAACUACAGCAUUGUCAGUAAAGUGGCGCUCUUUCAGGGCUGUGACAGACAGAUGAUAUUUGACAUGCUAAAGAGGCUGAAAUCUGUGGUCUACCUUCCUGGAGACUUUGUUUGCAAAAAAGGUGAGAUCGGCAGAGAGAUGUACAUCAUCAAAGCUGGAGAGGUGCAGGUGGUUGGAGGGCCUGAUGGGACGACGGUGUUUGUGACUCUGAGAGCUGGCUCUGUGUUUGGGGAAAUCAGUUUGCUGGCGGUUGGUGGCGGGAACCGGCGAACGGCGAACGUGAAGGCCCACGGUUUUGCUAAUCUCUUCAUCCUGGAUAAGAAGGACCUGGCAGAGAUCUUAGUGCACUACCCCGAAUCCCAGAAGCUGCUGCGCAAGAAGGCCAAGAAAAUGUUGACCAAAGAUAAGAAGCCGGCAGAUGAGAAGGGCCAGGCUAAAGAUACGGGUGAGGUCAUCCCGCAGAGGCCAGAGACGCCCAAAUUAUACAAGGCUGCGCUGGAGGUUGGCACAGGAGAGACUUUUGCCAGGCUGAAGGAGUCGUAUAAGGGAGCAACUCUAGAGCCGUCCACUCCCGUCUCCGGAAGGACCUCCACAGCUCCAGUGCCCCCUCCGUCCCCAAUGCACCGCCGUUCGCCCAUUCCCCGGCCUCGUGUCCCGGACGAAGAUGACAUGGUAUCGGAGACCACCGACAGCACCAUGAUCAUCCGCAUGACUCCCCGUGUUGAGGGAGAGGAGAUCCUCUCCGUGGAAGUCAGUCCCGGAGAGGGAGCGGAGCCAGAAGAGCAGAGCAAAACUGAAGACUAGAGAGAGAAAGGAUGAGGGCACGGACAAAGACCAGAGUAGGGAUAGGGUAGAUAGCCUGAAGAACGGCACGAUGCAUACAACCCUCGUCAUGCUUUCUGUAGUAGCAUGCUGGUGAAAGUCCUACACAUGCUUUUCAACCAGGUCAAGUCAAGACUCUUUGGAGAAUUUAUAGGCAUCUUUUCAGAAAAGAAACAUACUAUAAGUUCCUGAGAGAACUCUUAAGCUUCCAUUGGUUCUUCUAGUAAGUUCAUCGUAAUCAGAGUUUUUAAGGCAUUUGACGCAAGAUGAUGCACAAUAUCUGAAGGACCUACAUUUGACUAGAAGUUCUCAAAAUAUUACAUUUUUACAGUGGCGCUUUACAGUGUCUAAGGGUGUGUUUACACUUAUAGUAAGGUUUUCUUUUGGACUGGUUCAAAAAGUAAAUGUACAUUUAACCCUGGAUUGCUUAGCGUUCACAUUGUCUGCAUUGCUUUCGUAUUUUUCACCAAAGAUUUUUGGGAAGUGGGCAGAGACCUAACUUUUCUUGAGGUCUGAGUCCGCUUGUUUGGUGUGCACCGAGGUUCGAGUAUCAACAUUCAUAAACAUGCCCUAAAUCUUAUUUGAAAGUGAAGUGAGCUUCUGACAGGUAUUCCAGAAAGUAGAGUUAACUCACUCUCAAAUCUUUCUUCUGGUUAACGGUUCCAAUAGCAGAGAGUUCAGUCGACUCUGAGUAUGUUCACGGUGAACACACACAUACAAGUCUUCUCAAUUCGAAAGGCGUGCAACAAAGUACACUGUACUUUUUUUGAAUAAAUAAAUAAAUACCUCCUGUAUUGCCUAACCUUUCAACACAGUCUCACGACCAAUUCGUAUGUAUUUCACGAGGUGCCAUAUUUGUAGAAUUCGUUCAACCGUAGCGACGGGUAGUUUUUGGGGCGAGGUUAGGUGUAGGCCAUUUGUACAAAUUCAUGCAAAAACUUGUAUAAAUUUGUACGUGUGAAGUCGUACCAAUUCGUACGAAUUAACCACCUUGUAAAAUAUGAACGAACUGCCGUGAGAAAUAUAUUAUUUGUUUGAUACUAAAUUAGUAAAUAAAAAAA